AUGCCUUUUGCAUCACGACCUUUGCAUUUCCCAGCGACUCUUCCCACGCCAUCCCCCACUUCCAUUGAAGGACGACGACCUGCCGUACCAGAAACAAUAGGGACAUAUGCAUCUCAACUCUCACGCGACCGCAUCGACCGACUUGCCCCACUCCCGCGAAAGAGAUCUUACGGCUGGUCCGUUCUCCGGGUUGCAAGCUUUAUUCUUGGAAGCGUAGUGUUGGCUACCUAUAUGGCUAAUGUUGCUGUAACUCAUGAUAAGGAACAACGAGUGAUUGCACUGCUUGAGGAACGAAGAAAACUGAGAGAGGAGGAGGCAGUUUUGAAGGAGAGAUUACAGUCAAAGAAGGCCGGGAUAUGAGCGGUGGCAGUCUUAUUGGGGGUUCUUAGUGUGUGGCCAUGCAAGCUGUUUGGUCUUAAUUUAUUAUCUAUCAUCAAGCCUUCCAUUUCUUCCAAUACCUAAACUCUUCAACGAUCGUCGGCACAUCCCAACCAAAUCGAUUGAUUACCUCUUGAUCAACUUUGCAGCUCACACCUUCAUUCUCCAGCAACGAGAAUACCGUGAGGUUCUGACAUUUCUCCAUGACCCGUGUGACUGACUCGUCCGUCACCGCUCCUUUGCAUCCGUUCAAUGCUAAUGCCUCCAAGUUAA